CCCCAGGAUGCCGGUGCCCGCAGAUAAGCGUGUCGCAAUUGCCGUAUAUAAGCUGUCUACCUGCGCAGAAUAUAGGGUGGUGGCGGAGACGUUUGGAGUCAGCAAAACAACCGUCCACAGGUGUGUGUAUGGAGUUUGUGAGGCUAUUUGCCAAAAACUGCUGAGGAAGUACAUCCACCUGCCCAACGAGAUCGAGGCACAACAAAUAGCACAACGCAAUUUUGAAGCGCAUGGGCUCCCGCAGUGUUAUGGGUCAAUAGAUGGGUCUCACAUACCCAUUCGUGCCCCCAGGGAUGGGUAUAGGGAUUAUGUGAAUAGAAAAGGCUGGACCUCAAUCGUGCUGCAGGCUGUGGUGGAUGACAGGCUCAUCAUUAGGGACAUCUGUGUCGGUUCACCUGGCAGUGCACAUGAUGCUGCUGUGUUCGCAACAUCCAACCUCUUCAGACAUCCAGAAAAACACCCUCAGGCCAGCAUGGAAAUAGAGGGAGUCCAAGUGCCUCUACUGAUUGCUGGUGACCCUGCCUACCCUCUCCUACCCUGGCUCAUGAAGGGAUACUCGGGAAAUAACCUGACGGAAGAACACACCUUGUUCAAUGAGCGUCUUAGUGCCAUCCGCGUCAGAGUAGAGCACACAUUUGGACAUCUGAAAGCUAGAUGGCGCAUCCUGGGCAAGAUGUCUGACAUACACCAUGAUUUCAUGCCUACAGUAGUGGCCACAUGUUGCAUUCUUCACAAUAUGUGUGAAGAAAGAAGACAGCAGCUGCCCCCUACAGCACCACUUCUAGCACCUCCACUUCAGCAGCCUCAGGACCAACACAGAGAUGACCCAGCUGAUGGUGCAGCUGUUGAAAUCAGGCAGGCUCUGGUCAAUCAUCUGUUUAGGCCACAUUAGGUUAGCCAGCUGCCUACCACAACAUUUUCAAGUUCACAAAAAAGUGGUUACUUUCAGACCAGGACCAGACCUGUUCCACACCAGACCCGGACCAGACCAGUUUUUAAAUUCACAAGUUCACAAAAACGUGGUUAUUUCCAAUCACUUUAUUAAUUAUUCUUAAAACAAAAUGAAAUGUAACAAAAUGUUAUGUUUAAUAACAAAAAUAAAUAAUCUUUAAAU